AUGCCUUAUCGUCAGCUAGCAGCCGUUCUCUCCCUUCAACGCCCUUUCAACCGCACCUCCAUGUCUUCUUCCCAGCAGCACCCAGUUCUCUCCCGUUUGUUCUCUGCCAACGAUGAGUGGGCAAAGGCCGUUGAAGAUGUCGAGCCAAGCUUUUUCAGGACUUCUGCAAUGGGUCAGGCCCCGAAAAUUCUUUGGAUUGGCUGCUCCGAUUCAAGAGUACCUGAAUCGGUCAUUACCGCCUCCAAGCCGGGCGACAUAUUCGUGACUAGGAAUAUUGCAAAUCAAUUCCAUAACGACGAUGAUAAUGCCCUUUCAGUACUUUACUAUGCCACGCUAUUCCAACCUUCUUUAUCGCGCACCGUCCCCCGUUUUACAGUUGUCAUCGUCGGCCACACCCAAUGCGGCGGUGCCGAAGCUUGCCUUUCCGCUGCCCAAAAUGCCAUGAACAGCGGUGCGACCGAAGCUCCCCCGACUCUCGACGCUCUACCUCCCAAUGCGCACAUCAACAAAUGGCUCGCGCCUGUGACAGCACUCGCUAUGCCGAUCGCGCCCCUCAAGCUCGAGCGGAGCGCCGCGAUGCGUAUGUUGGUGGAGGAGAACGUGAAAGCCCAGGUGGCCAGGGUGUGCGAGACGGAUACCAUCCGCGAUGCCUGGAUCCAGCCUCCGCAUGGUAAGCCUGUAUACGUCCAUGGCUGGGUCCACGAAAUAGAGAGCGGACGACUUUGCGAUUUGAGCGUUUCGAGAGGUCCCCUGUUGUAA